AUGCUUGAAGGCGCAGCGUUUGCCAGAUUCUUCAGCUGGCUGCUGAUCCAACUCACUAUAUCCUUCGUCCUCGUCCUCCAAGUCCGUCUUGAACAGCUUGCAGACUCCACAUGGCCCUCAAAGCCCUUCUCUCUCCGACCCCUCGAGCGCUGCCUUCUCAUGCUAUCCUUCUAUCUCCCACCUGUCCUCUACCUCGUCGGCUCCUUGAUGAAUGAUGCAAGGCCUCCCUCGUGGGCGUGGUGGCGCGUCUGUGCGCCGCCCGAUUAUCUACUCGGUGCAGCGAGCGUCGCUGUGCUCAAGGUCUUUGCCCAGCUCGCAACUGCGUGGUGCUGGUCGUUCCUGUUUUCCGCCUUUAAACAGCUGCAGCCGCAGAUUUUGCAGAUGUAUGUAGGGCGUGGGUCGGUAUCCGGUACUGCUGAGACGGGUCCGUAUGAUCGCAUGCGCCAUCCGAUAUACUGCGGGAUGCUCGUCCAACAGCUCGUCUUCGCGGUACUGUGCUGGACCUACAUCCCGCUUGCUGCCCUGCCUGUCACGGCGGGCGUGUUCAUGCUGAAGAUCCCCCGGGAGGUCCUCGCUCCCAUGCUUAUACUAGGAAACAUUAACUCUAUCGAUACGUUCCCAGGAGCACAUGCACGAAGUGGACCCAACGGCUGGAGUCGAGUAUAUCGUGUACAAGAACAAGGUGCAUACCCGGCUCAUUCCCGGUAUCUGGUAGUUCCGGGGCUGCUGGUUCACUGCGCGCGCACUCAUAAGCAAGAUCUCAAAGUGAGACAUGCUUCUGAUAACGGGUGUUCAACGAUGCACGCCAGGCGGAUGACUCCACAGGCCGCACAGCCGGAAUUAUCAUAA